GCCUCUCUGCUUCAUGCCCUAAGCCCAGAGGUCGAAACCCGAGGACAUAAAUAUUCCUUCGGUGCUCAUUCGGUUUCCCCAGGCGGACAUCAAGUUGAACCCCUGAAAUAACUUCCCGAAAAGGACUAGAUCCGGGCCUUGCCGAGCCGGCCCCAGCAAAUGUUGCUGACCCAAGGCCACAACGAUCAACUAGACUAGAGGGGGCCGACUAGAGGGAGAUCAAAUGACGCGCACCUGCCCGGGCAAUCUCACGUUUUCGAACAGAUUAAUGCCCGCACAGAUCGCCCGGAGAAGACGGUAUCGCAAAUUACUUGACCGUGCUUACCCGGCGAUUUUUUCAUCAUUCUUUACCGGUAGUCUCUCGCUAUCCUUUACAGUAACCCUAUUUUCAUCAUUCGGUGCCUCUUUACCUCAUCUCCCUUCCUGCCCCCUUUCUUUUUACCCCUCUUUUUCCACCCAUCUCAAUGCCCUACCCCUGGUCGGCAGUUUACCCAAUCCCCCACUGGAUCUCCCAUUGACCGCGACCAGGGACCUCAGAAGGCGACCAUCAUAUGCUUGAAGACGCAUGUCACACCCAGCCUGGUCGAUUCCUCAGCAUGGCGCCGAAUCAGGCUGCGCCUAAGUCAAAGCAGAAUUGGGAAUCCGGGUUAAAACCGAUGCGCGGCGAGAAGCCGUCCG